AUGACAUCUACUACUAGUAGUAUAACUUCACCAACUAGAACAGGAAUGCAAAAAUUUGGAUUACAAACUGAAAAAGGAAAGGUAUUACAUGUUUGGAGAAAUGCCGAUAGAUAUCAAGAAGAAGGUGUCCGUAUUGUAGUACACCCAACAAAGUUUAAAACUUAUGAUCAACUCAAAACAGAAUUAAAUGCUAAAAUUAAAUUGGUAACUGGAUCGGUUCAAAAGUUGUAUGGUAUGGAUAAAAAGUUGGUAAAGGGUUUGGAUGAUUUGGUAGAUGGUGAGAAUUACAUUGUAUGUGCUGCUGAAAAAUUGGAUGAAUCGAUUGUUGCCAAGGGCCUCGUUGGCUUGUUUGGAGGAGGAGCAAGCAAGGGAGGUGAACAAGCAUCUACAUCCUCUGCACCAAGUGGUCAUGAAGAGACUUCUACCUCGUCGACUGCACCUCCAGCAGCUGCCUCACCCAAAAAGGCACCUGUCUCCUCUGUCACUUCACCUCCAUCUGGUCCAAAGCGUUUCGAAUCCUUUGAGAAAUCAAAGGUUAUCUGGGCGUUUAGAAACACCGAUGACAAUCACAAGGGCGAGCGUAUCACUGUCCAUCCUUCAAAAUACAAAACCUAUGAUCAAUUAAAAGAGGAACUCUCCAAACAAGUUCGUCUAGUCAAUGGUGCCGUGAGAAAGGUUUACAAUAGACAAGGUGUUCUUGUAAAAGGUUUGGAGGAUAUAGAAGAUGGUGGUAAUUAUCUAUGCUGUGCUGGAGAGGCUCUUGAUCUAACUAAGCAUUACAAGUUCCAUGAAUAA